AUGUCUGUAGUAGCAAAUUCAGCGAAUACUUCGACGCAGUUAGUCCGUUCGAAUUGGUCGGAGACAAAUGCAGUGGUAUCAUCACCAACAAAUUCAUCAACAGUGAACAAUUCGGUGAAUUUACCGUCAUUCACACCUGAUGAAAGCAAUAACAUCAAUUCAACACUUAAAUCUUCAACGAUAGCGUCUUACGAUAAUGGGCAUUUACUUGAAACGACAGCAUUAGAACGAACAAUACAAACUUAUCCAUUAACAAACUAUACAUUUGGUACAAAAGAUCCGCUGUACGAGCGUGACAGUUCCGUCCAAGCGAGAUUUCAACGUAUGAGAGAAGAAUUCACAACAUUGGGUGUUCGACGCAGUGUUGAAGCAGUUCUCUUAGUACAUGAACAUAAUCUACCUCAUAUACUCCUUUUACAAUUAGGCACAACCUUUUUCAAAUUGCCCGGUGGUGAACUCAAUCCAGGCGAAGAUCCCGUUGAAGGUUUGAAGCGUUUGUUGAAUGAAACUAUAGGUCGGCCAGAGUCGAGCGAACAAAACAAUUGGCUUGUAGAAGAUGUGAUUGGCAAUUGGUGGCGACCGAAUUUUGAAGCACCACGAUAUCCAUACAUUCCCGCACAUAUCACAAAACCAAAAGAACACAUUCGACUAUAUCUCGUUCAACUUGGUGAAUCAGCAAUGUUCGCUGUGCCACGCAAUUACAAACUAGUCGCUGCACCUCUAUUCGAACUCUAUGAUAAUGCUUCGGGCUAUGGGCCGAUCAUCUCAAGUUUACCACAAGCACUUAGUCGCUUCAAUUUUAUUUACAAUUAA